GUGGGUCAUUUCGCAUGACGCUUCACUUUACUGCUGCUCGGUUGGCAGCUGGGGGUUUUCUGAAGGAAUGUCGCCGCUUCACGUCUGCGUGGAUGGAGCCGUGACAGAGAUGCUCUGAGGGGGAGGAAAAAAGAUGUCGGCACUGCGGCUUCGUUUCUCUCUAAAUAAUGAUUAUGCCUCAAACAAAAUGCUAGUCACCUCCACCACUGACUGGCACGUAUGAACAACCGUUCAGGAUCAGGAAAAAGACAACCACUCCAUUCAGAGUCAACGGUUAAUAAUUUGGCAUCCCAUUUGCUUGUGAGCAUGGAGCCGUAGAUUUUCCGGGGCCCGCGUUGGUACGAUUUACCCUCAGCCACUGUGAGACAAAUCAUCAGGGAGUUCAACUGUACAGCCGCUCGUGUGUGCACAAGCCCGUGAAGAUGUUUUCAGCACUGAAGAAGCUGGUGGGGUCGGAGCCGGGUCAGCUGCGGGAUAAGAACAUUCCCGCUGGCCUGCAGUCCAUGAACCAGAGUUUGCAGAGGCGUUUCGCCAAAGGAGUUCAGUAUAACAUGAAAAUAGUCAUCCGUGGAGAUAGAAACACUGGGAAAAGUACUUUAUGGCAUCGACUGCAGGGAAAGAAGUUUGUGGAGGACUACAUACCCACUCAGGAGAUCCAAGUCACAAGUAUCCACUGGAAUUACAAAACUACAGAUGAUGUGGUGAAGGUGGAGGUCUGGGACGUGGUCGACAAAGGCCAAAAAUACCCUCUUCCUGAAGGAAAAGGCAAAAGACGAGGAGAGAACUUGAAACUGGAGAACGAGCCCCAAGAGUCUGAUGAAGUGGCUCUCGACGCAGAAUUCCUGGACGUUUACAAGAACUGUAACGGAGUGAUCAUGAUGUUUGACAUCACUAAGCAGUGGACAUUUAGCUACAUCCUGAGGGAGCUGCCCAAAGUUCCCACCCACGUGCCAGUGUGUGUGCUGGGGAACCACAGGGACAUGGGCGAUCAUCGGGUCAUCCUCCCUGAUGACAUCAGAGACCUGAUCGCUGGACUCAACAGACCGAUGGGAUCUUCUUAUAUCCACUACGCUGAAUCGUCCAUGAAGAACGGCUUUGGUCUCAAGUAUCUGCACAGAUUUUUCAACAUCCCCUUCCUGCAGCUACAGAGGGAGACCCUCCUGAGGCAGCUGGAGACCAACCAGUUGGACAUGGACGCCACCCUGGAGGAGCUCUGUGUCCAGCAGGAGACGGAGGAUCAGAACUACGACAUUUUCAUUGAGAACUUGGAGACUCGCAAGAGCUACGGUUCUCCUGGUCCAGCCAACGGCUCCUCCUCCGGCUCUCAGUCCCCCAUCGUCCCCCCCAGUGGUGCGUCCACCGGCAGCUCCAGUCCCAGCACUCCUCAGCCGCCGAUCCUCACGCAGAUGCUCCCACAGUCGCCGUCUGCGUCCGCCGCGUCGUCUCCUCCUCCUCCUCCUCCUCCACCUCCGCCUCCUGCAGCGACGGUGAGUGCAGCGGCUUCGCCCACCGCUGAGUUAAAGCUCCAGACGGUUCAGUCUCCAGAACACCAUCAGUCUUCAGGGGCGUCGGCUCCUCAGAAACGCGGCUUCAUGUCCCGCUGGUUUGGCUCGUCACCUGCUUCUGAUGCUCCCGGUCCUGCGUCAGAGGACUCUGCUGCAGCGCCCGCGUGUCCCUCUCAGGUUCACAGUGUGGAUGAUUUUGUCCCGGACGAGAGACUGGACAAGAGUUUCUUGGAGGACAGUCUGCCUUCGAGGAUAAAGGCGUCUCAGCCUGCUCCGGCCGUGGACAGUGACAGUGACGAGGACAGAGGAAACCCCAUGGUGUCUCAUUUCCAGGACGAGCUGGACCCUGACGACACGGAGCCGAACCUCCCACAGCCCAAGACCCUGCGUCCCAGUAAAGACAUCACUCUGACCAGUGACGACGAGGAGGACGAGGAAGAGGAGAAGAAGAAGAAGAAAGCACCUGCGGCUCUCACCAUCACUCUGGACCAGGACCUGGACAGUGAACCUGAGCUCAAAGCGCCCGUGAUUCACGGCACCAAACCAAAGGUUUCGUCGUCUAAAGCUCCAGAGCUCAGCAGAGGCCAGAACGCCGCCGCGCCCGUCUCCCUCACUUUACUUCCAGCCGCGGCUCCGCCGAGCCGACACCAGAGCAAGAAGAAGACGAGCGCGGCCAAAGCGGACGAGUCUGACACCGACGCCGAGACUCCUGUGGCGCAGCAGAUGCUCUCGUUCGUCAUGGACGACCCCGACUUUGAGUCUGAAGUAUUGGACACACCAAAAAUAGUAAAGGAUUCGUUUCCAAUCCGGGACGAGCUCCUGUCCGACCUCUCCGACGACGACGUGCGGUUGGUCAAAGUGUCGGAGCCUCUGAAGCCCACCGUCAUCUCCUUCAAACAGAAGGACGACACUGACCUGUUCGGCCUCGGCUUCCAGGAGGAGGCUCCUGCAGCCAAGGAGAGCAGUGACGAGCAGGAAGAGAAAGAAAGCAAACACUCUAAAGACAAGAAGAAAAAGAAGAAGAAAAGCAAAGAGGAGGACGACAAAAGCAAGAAGAAACACAAACACAAGAAGAAGGAGAAAGACGACGUUGCUCCCGCUGCAGCUGCCGGAGACGACAAGGAGAAGAAGAAGAAGAAAUCCCGCACCAAGAAAACGGACGUGGACGAACUGGAGGACUUUUUAGGCGGCGGCGGAGCAGGAUUGAUUAAAAUAGAUGACGGGGAUUAUGAGGAACUAUAAAAAGGUUUUUUUGUUUUGUUAGGAAGUGGCGCCACCACGUGGCAGCGAGGGGGACACGGUCCUUCUGAGACUCCUGGUUUUCCUUGACCUGUAUGUGCAUAAAGCAGCAUCUCCAAGCCAUACGCAAUACGCAAGGCUACCGACGACACCCAGGUAAAACACCGAGGACUCUGUAUGUUCCUUCUAACUGACUCUCUCUCCAUCUGCACUACUCCUCCUGCUGCUGCUCUCACUUCCAGUCCACUCCAGUAAGAAACCCGCGAGUACUGUAACCAGCUCCAGCGUCAAAUACUGUAGAGAUGUGUUUCCACCGCAACAACAAAAAAACUCGUACCAGGAACUAGGAUUGUAGCUGGAACUACUUUAUGUGUUUCCACUGCAGCAACUAGUACCAGGAACCAGGGAGUGAACCUGGAAUCAUGUGCUUUCCCAUCACAGAAACUAGUACCAGGGAGUAAGGACUGUACCUGUAACCAUCUGCAUUCCCACCGCAGGAACUAGUACCAAGAACGAGGUGCAUUUCUUCCUAAGGUUCUCGUACCAAGAACUAGGAACUGUCUCUUGGGGUUUAGUUCUUUUUCUAAAGUACAAGAAUCUUACAGUGUAAACAAACCUGGUGACACUCCAGCCUUGUGUUUCAGUCAAUCAAAUGUUUAUAGAAUUUGCUUUGAUGAAAGAGAUCGUCUCAGUUUUACAUCAUCACAGUGUGAAUCUCCUUCAUGUUUACAGAAACCUUUGUUGUCCCUGAAGAAGGUUUCUGGUACUGAGAGUCCCUGGUACUUUGCGGUGGAAACACAGCUUGAGACGUUUGGUUCUUUGUACUUUGUACACGGUUAAUGUUUUAUUUGUUUUUCUUUGAUUUGAUUUGAUUUGACGCGACAGGUGGUUUCACUCCAAAAUCAGCUGCUGUAAAUAGUGUGAUCAGUGAGUCUGAAUGUUUGUGUGGUUGGUGUAAUAAUCGAGAGCAUGCUCAAAGUGACGACUGAAUCAUUAAUAGUGUGUGUUUGUUUGUUUUGUUUCAUUUCUCGUGUGUUUGCUGUCUUUGUCCAGAUUAGCGUCUCUGAAUUGAAAUCAUCCCUCUUCUCGUCCACACUAAAGCCAGUUUCACAUUUUCUUUCAAAUAGCAGUUCAACCAAGUUUUAAUCAGCACACCAGGAAAAUACCACCGCCUCAUUUUUACAAACCUCAACCCAAUCACAAAGCCCAGCUGAGGACCGGGCAGUGUGACCCCCAAAAAUGUCAAACUGGUCGAUAUUAAUUUAUCGCAAUGAUGAUGAUUUAACAGUUGAUUUUUGUUCCCGAGGGAAAGUGAAUUGUGGGUUUUAGCUUUUUUAUCGAAACAUCUGACAUUAAACAUGCAAAGCAUAAGCAUCAUAUUUAUUAUGCAGAUAUUGAACUUUUUUAUUACAUUGCUAUUAAAGAAAAUUACGUUUUUA